AUGCCAUCUGACGAGUACAAUUUUGGCGAUGUCUUUCAGAAGAUCUACGUCUCUAAACAGAAAUCUCCUCCGCUUCCGGUUCCUGAAAAUAUGAAGGUUGUUCUUCAGAGCUUUCCGCCCCUGGGGCAAGUAACCUCAGUUGUGGGUAAAAGUGUCACUCUAACAACUGUUCUUGAGAUACCCAAGUCUCGUGCCGACGAGUCCUGGGAGGUCUCAGCAUGGCACUCCGUAGACAAUUCAGACUGGAAGGACUCGCAGUUAUUCUCCAUCCAGAAUGCUCCAGCACCUCAGACUUUGCAAACAUUGGACGACUCUAUGUCUCGUUUCUAUUUCUCUUCGUCCAUCUCGUUUGAGGCUUCGAUUCGAUUCACUUUCAAAUUUCGUCACAGUCCAGAUGUUGAAUGGAGAUGGAUCCGCGAUGAACAAGGUCUCAAUGAUGGCUUAGCUGUCAAUACUCCUUUUGGGGGUUUGUCUGACAAUUUGUCCAAUCUGAUACCUGAUAUAAAUACCAAGGACUGGACUAUUAAAUCACACUUGAGUCAGUCACCUCGGACUUCACUGUGGUCGCUUGAAGCCGACAUUCCGCCUGCGAAUAGCGAUGAGUCAACUUAUAGGGACAUCACAAUCGGGUCGCCUUGGGGUACUUGUGCAAGAUGGUUCUCACUUGUUCGGUUGUGGUCACCAUGGCUUGCUCCUCGACAUGGAAAGUCGCACUUUUCUCUCGAUAAGGAUGGGGCUCUCUGUUGCUUUUUGAGCCCUCAAGGAAAAAGCCUCGUGUUUCUUGCUGUUAGCGGUAUAAGUCAUGUCUUACCAGUCUUCCGAAGUGAGCCGGACGGGAAAGUUCAAGUUCAUGCACGAAAUGACGGAGUUUCUGAAGAGAAGGCUGUCAUCCUUGUUUCGGAGGGCGACGAUUUCGAGUGUGCCGUAGCUUCGGUGAUGUAUCAUGCUAGGAACUUGGUGUCGGUUACAAAGCAAGCCAAUGAUGAAUCGAAACACGAGCUGACUGCUUUGAUGAAUGACUUCAAGCCAGAAUGGCUGGAAUACUGGUUUGAUGGGCUUGGUUUUUGUACAUGGAACGCUCUUGGACAGAAACUAACAGACCAGAAGAUCUUCGAUGCUCUCGACAAGUUGAGCGAACAUGAAAUCAAGGUCUCGAGUCUUAUCAUCGACGAUAACUGGCAGUCGAUCGACUAUCAAGGCCCUAGUCAGUUCCAAUACGGCUGGACGGACUUUGAAGCCGAGCCUAAAGCGUUCCCUCAAGGCUUAAAGGCUACUGUGUCCCAUAUUCGAAAAGCCCACCCGCAUAUCCAGCAUAUCGCUGUGUGGCACGCACUGUUGGGAUAUUGGGGUGGUAUUUCUUCUGAUGGUAAUCUUGCUAAGACGUACAAAACCAUCGAGGUCACACGGGAGGAUGCCGACCGCCGCAACCUUUCUUUGGGUGGCAAAAUGACCGUUAUCGCACAGAAGGACGUCAACCGUUUUUACGAUGACUUUUAUAGAUUCCUGUCAGAUGCUGGAGUCGAUGCUGUCAAGACGGACGCCCAGUUUAUGAUUGAUACAUGGAUUGAAGCCUCGCCUCGGCGAGACCUCAUCAACACUUACCUUGAUGCUUGGACUAUCUCGACUCUGCGUCACUUUAGUGCAAAGGCUAUAUCUUGUAUGUCACAGUUUCCGCAGGCCCUGUUUCACUCUCAGAUGCCUACGAAUCGACCCACGAUUUUGGUUCGCAACUCCGAUGACUUCUUCCCCGAGAUACCUGCGUCUCAUCCCUGGCACGUUUGGACAAACGCACAUAACGCCAUCUUUAUGAGUUACCUCAAUGUCCUUCCUGACUGGGACAUGUUCCAAACUGUCCACGAGUACUCCGGAUUUCAUGCUGCGGCCAGAUGUAUUAGCGGAGGACCUAUCUACAUCACUGAUGUUCCUGGUGAGCACGACAUGAACCUGAUCGGACAGAUGACAGGUCUCACUCCCCAAGGGAAGGCUGUCAUCUUCCGACCAAGCUCCUUGGGAAAGGCCAUAGACCCUUAUGUUGGAUAUGAUGACGAUUUGCUUCUCAAAGUGGGAAGUCAUCAUCGAGCUUCACAUACUGGCUACCCCAUCUUGGGUAUUUUUAACGUCUCCUCCAGGCCAUUGACCGAGCUUGUCUCUCUCUCAGGCUUUCCUGGUAUAGUUCCUGGGUACUAUGUGGUUCGCGCUCACACCACAGGCAAGGUGUCGCAACCAACAACGCUUGAGGGUUCGGGGUCCUUGUUUACAACUUCACUGCCCAUUCGGGGGUACGAAAUAUUCUCCGCGUUCUCCUUGACACCUCUCUCCAGCUCGAAACAUGGCGAUGUUUACGUCUCGAACUUGGGUUUAUUGGGUAAAAUGGCUGGUGUUGCAGCAGUCAUUAUGAAUGAUAUCAAGCAGGAGCUACAGAAUAGCCGCGUUACGCUAGUCACACGGAUCAAAGCAUUCGGCAAGCUAGGAAUCUACAUCUCCGCACUCCCCAGUCUAACCAUUGAUGGGGACUUUUUGAUCACGAUUCAAGAAAAAGUGAUACCUGUGCAUACAGUGGCUAUUUCAGCUGUCGACAAGUAUGUACUUGAGAUCGACAUUGGAAAAGCGUGGAAGGAAAUGGGUCUUGAAAGUCGAUGGAGCAAUGACGUUGAGGUCAAGGUGCACUUCAGUCUUUGA